AUGAUAGAUAGACAAAAAAAUAAACAUAUUGAUCCAACUGACAUCUAUCGUUAUAUGAUUGAUCAUGAAAAAGUUGAAUAUUGUUCACAUAAAGAAACUGAUGUCGAUAGUGAUCUAGAUAAUGAAAAUAAGGAAGAAUUAACUAAUCUAGCUGAGAAAUCAACGAUAAAUAUAUUAAGAUGUCCAUCUAUUAUUUCAGCAAAAUCAGUUACAUCUGAAGUUAUUAAUGAAUUAGGAAACGAUGUUGAAACAACUGCGAAUACAAACAAAAAAUCUCGUUUUUGUAUGCCAAUUUUAAGAGUAGUUAUGCUGUCAGAUGCAGUUUCACUUAAAGAAUUUACGGAACCUGCACUUACUUCAUUUUUCAAUGCAAUUGGAGCAUUAAUUGCAGCUCUACUAAUCCGUUUUACUGCAUUGUUGAUUUUUACCGGUUCUAUUCAAGGCCAUCCACUUUCUAAGGCAUCUGGGAAAAAGAACGAAACAAUAUCGAAUGCUGACUAUGGAGGAAAACAUGCAAUACAAGCUAUUAAAAAUAUUCGUACAGCUGUAUCACUUUAUCAAGAAGAACAUUUUAUUCAAUUUGAGGAUGUGAGUGUAGGUGAGGAGGCGAGUGCGGACGCAGAUGUUAACGAGCAGUGA